GCGAGUGGAAAGGAUACCCCUGCAAGACAUCGUUAUGCUGAAGAUUUCCCUGCUGAGCGCCGUGCUCGGCAUUGCCUAUGCGGGCGUGAUCGGACCCGGACCGUACUAUGGCGGACCAGCUGGUCCCGGACCUCUGCACCAUUACGGAGGAUAUGCGCCGGCCCACGGCCCGCUCCCCGGACCAUAUGUGGCGCCCAAGCCGGUCGCCCCCGAGCCCUACGAUCCCGAACCGAAGUACUCCUUCGGCUAUGACAUUCAGGACGGGUAUACGGGGGAUCUCAAGUCCCAGCACGAGACGCGGCACGGAGAUGUGGUGAAGGGCAGCUAUUCAGUGGUAGAUCCGGAUGGCACCAAGCGCACCGUAGACUACACAGCCGAUCCUCACCACGGAUUUAACGCAGUGGUUCGCAAGGAGCCGCUGGCCUACAAGGCACCGGCCCACCUGGCACCCAUCAUCGCACCCGCACCCGCACCCGCUCCAGCACCUGCUCACCUUCAUUACGCGGGUCCGGCCCCGGCGCCACCACUUCCGCCGGUGCCCAAGGCUCCUCUGCUCUCGUACCCGCUGGCCCUGGGUCCCCUCCACCGGGCCCCUGGCCCCGCCCCUGCUCCUGCUCCAGCUCCUGCACCAGCUCCAGCCCCAGUGCCUGUUCCGGUGGCUGCUCCCGUCCUGCCCACCGCCCACUUCCAUGCCGCCUAUCCUGCCCUGGCCCACAGUCCCUACGCCCACUAUCCGGCUCCUGUUCCGGGUCCCGCUCCCGUGGAUCCCCAUGCCUACUAUCACCACUGAGCGACUACGUUGUUCCCAACUAUCUGAACUGAUCUGAUUUGAUUCGACUUCAUCUAUCGCACGCAGCUUACACUGACCCAAAACUGAAUCUCCGGCUUAAUCUGUGCCAAACGCUCUGCUCUCAAUCUCUUUUGCUGUGUUCUUCGAGGGAUUUGAUUCCGAUCCAACAUGUAGAUUGAUUUUAAGAUACACCUAGCCUAUGUACAUGUCUUAGAAAUAUGUUGUUGAAUGGUUAGUCUAGAGAAAUAAACCGAUAAAGG